AUAACUUUUCAUUCAAAGUUUUCUGAAGUUUUUGUGGAGUGUUCAAAUUUUUUUCUCUUUUUAGUGAAUACUGCUUUUGGAAUAAAACGUAAAGUUCACGAUUGCCCAUACUGCAGCUACUCUACAUUUCAAAGUACCCAUUUAAAGAACCAUGUGAGAACUCAUACAGGAGAAAAACCAUAUGCUUGCAAAAUAUGCGGCAAGCGCUUUACGCAAAAAAAAUCUCAAAUCUAUCAUGAAGUCACUCAUGAGUGGAAUAAUAAAUUCUUGUUUACUGUUUUCGGGGGAACAAAGCGCAAGAUUCAUUGUUGUCCUUAUUGCAACUACUCUACAUUUCAAAGUACCCACUUAAAGAAUCAUAUAAGGACUCAUACUGGUGAAAAGCCCUAUGCUUGCAAGAUGUGUGGCAAAGGCUUCAGAUACUAUCACUUUAAUAUCCAUUUUCUUUCAGAGUCAUUCUUCUUUGUUAUGCCAGGUGGAAGAUGCAAGAAGAUUCAUUGUUGCUCUUAUUGCAGUUACUCUACUCCAUAUCAUAGAACAUUAGAGAAUCAUCAAAGAACUCACACGGGUGAAAAACCAUAUGCUUGCAGGAUGUGUGGAAAGCGCUUCUCUCAAAGUGCUGGUCGGAAGGCACAUGAAAUAACUCACUUGAAGGUGCCGUAAUGCAAAUUUUGCUUAUAAACAAUUAAAAGUACCUCUUUCGAUUGAUUUUACUGGACAGAUACUUUUUAUACUUAUUUACACUGCAAUAUACUAGCAUUGUACUAGUAUGGGGCAAUUUGUUCUACAGUAUAAUAUUGUGCUACUUGUUCUUUGGUAGUGGAAUCAUUUAGUGGUUUAUCAUGAAGUACGAAAAUACUUUUAUAACAUAUUUCUGAUAUUAAAUAAUUAAUCCCAAAGAGCUGAAGCUGUAAAAUAUGAAUUGAUUGAAAAUUUCAUUUACUUCUAAAAUACACAAACUGGAAAUAACAGUAGACAUGUUUCAACAACAUUAGUAGCCACCUCUCCAUUUUGCAUUUUACUCUGAUUUGCCUCUUUUGACCACUGUGGUUUUUUCUUGCUCUGUUUUUCUUUUUUGAAACAGUAGACAUGUUUCAACGACAUUAGUAGCCACCUCUCCAUUUUGCAUUUUACUCUGAUUUGCCUCUUUUCACCCCUGUGGUUUUUUUCUUGCUCUGUUUUUUCUCUCUCUCUCUCUCUCAUGGCAACAGUGGCUUUUCUAGUUUUGUUUCCUACCUUUAUUUUUUCAUUUCUUGCAGGCAACUUGACCUUUUAUAUUUCAAGGAAUUUUUUAUUUUUCUCAUUCACGUCUGUCGAGUUGUGGAAAUGGGCGCCUGAUUUUGAGCACUUGAAACCUAUCGACUGUAAUUUCGAAUUAUAUAUUUUUAUAGCGAAUGAAGUUUUUAAUCAAGUAAUGUUUCUAGUUGCUAAUUAUUUUCGAAAGUAUUUGAUGGAUUAAAGAACUUAUUGUAUUUAAAUUAAUAUCCCUAAAACCAUCAAUAUAACAGUACAUAAUUUAUUUAAAAAGUUGUUUAGUGUCUCUAGACCUUAAUUAAAAUGUGUACAUUAAUUUGCCUCUAAU